AUGCUGGAAACAAUAAAACUUAUGCCAAAACGUGCUAUACGAGGCGAAGUGAAGGGAAAAACAUUGCAUGUUGCGGUCAGCGGGACCCGCGGGCGGAAGCGUUGUCGCGAUGCGCCCGCGCCGCCGUGGGAGGCGGGCGCGGGGAGGGGAAAGGGCAGACAGGAUGCGGUCACGCACGUUCGCGAGAUUUUAUCGAACACCGCAGCCGUGACUCGUCAGGGCAACAUCACGCGAUAUUGA